AAAGAAAAAAAAAAAAAAGAAAGCAGAAACCAACCAAGAACCAAACUAAUUAACUACUCACGAAAGAGAUCGAUCGACAAGACAUACAUACAUCAACAGGAGAGAGACCGCUCGACUGAGAUUGAAUGGUUCAACUUCAAAAACUAGUCAGACUACUCAGAGCACCACCAGUAGUCCAUCGAAGACUGAUAACCACCUCCACCACCAGACCAAACUUGCAAAUCAAUAGAGCUCGACUCAGACCUUACUCAAGCUCAGCAAACACCCUCUACUCAAAAAACCAAACCAAGAAACAUAUCAUGAGCAGCCAUCAGUUGGCAGAGGACGAGAUCCCAUCAUCAUAUGGAAACUUCGAUCGGAUCAUCGAGCCUUUCAAUCUAGACGCAGCUCCCAUCCAAGUCGCAAAGUGGAAGAGUAGAGAGACCGGGCUCAGUGUGGUUUGGGUGGAUGUCGAAGGUCCACUCGUCAAUGGAUAUUUCACUGUUGCAACCGAAAUCUUUAACGAUUCUGGGGUACCCCAUACACUCGAACACUUGAUAUUCCUUGGCUCAGAAAAAUUUCCCUUCAAGGGUAUUCUUGAUAGCCUCGCCAACAGGGCAUUUGCCAGAGGUACGAACGCUUGGACUGAUACUACGCACACUGCUUAUACAGUCACUACUGCUGGCUCAGAGGGCUUUCUGAGAUUACUCCCGGUUUACCUCGAUCAUGUUCUCUAUCCCACUAUCACCUCUGAGGGCUUCACCACCGAAGUCUACCACAUCAAUGGAAAAGGCGAGGAUGCUGGUGUGGUUUAUAGCGAGAUGCAAGGUAGGGAGAACGGCGCAAUGGACUUGAUGGUACUCCGCAAUCAGCGCUUGUUAUAUCCAUCCACCAGCGCUUACCGUAGUGAGACUGGGGGUUUGAUGGAAGCUCUUCGAGUCUUGACAGUCGAGCAGAUUAGAGAAUACCAUCAAUAUUACUAUCGUCCUCAUAACCUUCAACUGAUCGUCACCGGAAAACUCAAACCGACUCAGCUAUUAGAAGUUCUUAACUCUCAAGUCGAGCCCUCACUCAUCCAACAUGGUCACAACCAAGUGCCUUCAGGAUGGAAAAGGCCAUUCUUGGAAACUCCAAGCAAAGGCGGUGCCCGAAUUGAUAAGAGUCAGACGGUCGAAGUUGAGUUUCCUGAGAAAGAUGAAUCUAGUGGUGAGGUACAAAUCAGUUGGGUUGGACCAAGCACCAAUGAUUUUCUACUACAAACCGCCUUGGAAGUUUUGGGCACUUACCUAACUGAUUCAGCUGUCUCGCCUCUGGCUAAAAGAUUUAUCGAAAUUGACUCCCCACUAUGCACGGAUAUCACGUUCCAUCCAACCGAUGCGGAAAAAACGAUCACGACCGUCUACAUUUCAUCCGUCCCUUUUGAACAAUUGAACACCCUCGGUGAAUCGUUCAAGAAGGCCCUGGCCGAGGAAGCCGCUGCGAUAGACAUGGACCGCCUGAAGAUGGUCAUCGAGCGAGCAGCCUUAAAAACUUGCAAUGCCAUGGAAGUAGAUGCAGCUGACAGUCUAUCAUCAGCCAUCAUAUCUAACUUCCUCUACGGUGGUAGCUCUGAUUUGGUAUCUGGUCUGUCAACCGAACUCGAACGUUACAAAACUUUAUCUACUUGGUCUGCCGAUCGCUGGUCAACGGUCUUCAAGGAAUGGCUAGUGACCCCACCGAGCACAUGUAUCAUCGGAAAACCAUCAGCCAAAUUGUCAGAUAAAUUAGAGGCCGACACCAGGCAAAGGCUAGAAGACACUCGAAAGAAAUAUGGCCCAGAAGGUCUACAGAAGCUAGCCGAAAAACUGACCCACGCUCAAGAGGUUAAUGAUCGUCCUUAUCCCGACAAAUUCAUCGCCGACUUUCCGAUACCAAAGCUGGAGAGCAUCCAAUGGAUCGACGUCCAAAUCGCUAAUGGCAAUGGAACUUACUCCAGUGAUCUUCAAUCUCAUAUCGACCACAAGGAUCCAGUCACUUUGCCUUACUUCGUCCAAUUUAAUCAUAUCAAGUCGAACUUCAUAACUAUCCAUGUCAACUUAUCACCUCCCGACCUACCUGCAGAGCUGUUUCCCCUCUUGCCUACCUACCUUCACUCGUUUUUCUCGCUACCGGUCAAUCGGAAAGAUGGAAGUCGUCUUUCAUACGACGAGGUGGUCCAUCAACUGGAUACGCAAACGGUUGAAUAUGACAUCAAUCUCGGCUGCCCGAUCACUCAGACUUUAGAGAUUUACAUGAAGGUUGAGAAAUCGAAGUAUCCCACCGCGGUGAGCUGGUUAGGCGACUUGCUCUGGCGAAGUGAAUUCGAUGCCGAUCGGCUACGGAUCAAUACCACUAAGAUCUUGCAAACCAUCCCGUCGAGGAAGAGGGAGGGCAGCGACGUUUCUGCUGCACUCUAUGACGAGAUGACGUUCUCUGCCGAUCUGGCACCUUUGACUUCCAAUAACCUUUUCAAGCAAGAAUCUAGCUUGCCACUCGUGUUGGAAAAGCUCAAGUCUGAGCCAGAAUCCUUGAUCAAGCAAAUGGAACAGCUCCGUUCUCAUCUGCUCAAGCCAUCAUCCCUGCGAAUCAGCGUCUCCGGUGAUAUCAUGUGUUUAGCAGAACCCAAGUCGACGUGGCUCAAACAUUUCCAAUCUUUGGAGCCUGCCAAACUGCACAAACCGUUGUUGGGAAAUGCUGUGCUCUCAUCUGACGGCGCUCAGCCUUCGGGCAAGGCACUUGUGAUGUCAAUGCCUUCGAUCGAAUCAAGCUACGCAUACCAUGCAGCCAAAGGUCCACAGGGAUUCGACCAUCCCGACAGUGCGGCAUUAACAGUCGCGAUCAGCGUACUAAAUGCGAUGGAAAGUUACUUGUGGAAGGCGAUCAGGGGGACCGGGUUGGCUUACGGGACCUCGAUCGGCGCGAACGCGGAGACCGGACACGUCUACUUGAGCAUCUAUCGUAGCCCGGAUAGCUCGAAGGCGUUCCUUGAGGCUGGCCGUGUGAUCAAGGAUUUGGUUGAUAAGAAGUUGAAAUUCGAUCACUUGAUUCUCGAAUCCGCCAAGAGUAGCUCGGUCUUUGGAGUAGCAUCUAAAAUCGCCACUGGACCUGAUGCUGCUUAUCGAGUCUAUGCCGACGUCGCCUUGAAAGGGAUCUCUAAAGAUGCUCUCAGGCAGCAGUUGGAACAAGCAAAAUCGGUGACAAUCGACGACGUACUCGAGUCGAUUAAGAAAUACUUGUUGCCGAUCUUCGACUCCAAGACCUCGAUGGCCGCGAUCGCUUCUUCGGCCACUAAGGCUGAACAGAUCUCUGAGUACUUCAAACAGGCCGGCUACUCAGUCGAAGUCAGAGAGUUACAGAACAAUUCUGCUUUGGGUUUGGUUGAGGAUGAUGCGGAUGAUGCGGAUGACUCUUUGGACUCUGAUGCGGAUACUUCUGCUAGUCGUUCUUGAUAGUUUUGAUUGCAUUUUCUCCUACUUCAAAAGAAAAAAAAAAAUCAUCGUUUUUUUUUGUCAUUAUACCCUCGUCAUAUGAUUACAUAUUAUUAGCAACUUGCAACGUUUUUUUGAUCGUU